AUGACACGCAGCAAAGCAAAACAAUUAACUACGAUUACGCAUAGCUCACCGUCGACCGAGCACACCUCUCACACAUCCUCGAGACCAUCAUCUUUGUCCUCUCUUGGCUCAUCGCCCUCACCCCCACGAACUCGCACGCAUACACGCAACAUAUCUGACUCUACAGAUUCUACCGACAACGCACACACCGCCAUGUCGACAAACUCAAAGGUGGCUCGUGUCGACCAACCCUCUGCAAGCAAACCGCCAUUCCUCACGGCUGGUGAGCUGACUCCUGAAGCGCUUCGGGCCUGGGAGAUGGGAUGCACGCAGUUCUUCCUGCACAAGGAUGUUAAGGACAUGGAGAUGGUAAAGAAAGUCGCAUGGGGCAUGCAGGAGCCGGUGAUACAAGACUGGUACAGUAAUAACCAAGCUCGGCUGGAUGCUCUUACGUUCAAAGACUACAUGACCGAGGUCCGCGACUACUGGCUCCCAUCUGGGUGGGCAGACACGGUCUGUCGCAAAAUGCUGGCGUCAACACAGGGCCAACGACCCUUCCAUGAGUGGGCGGUGGACUUCCAAGGACGUAAUACCUUGUUACGGGGUACUACCUCCCAUCUUGUGGACGCUAACAUCUUGUACCACCUGGAGGCACACAUGAACCCGGAUCUGGCAGUGGAUUACCAGGCCGAACAAAUCUCUGAAACUGAUCUUCACAAGUGGAUCGAGAAAGUACGUUUGCUAGAUGAGAGGCGUUUGCGGUACCUUGUGAGGCAACGAGAGGUGGUCGAAACAGCCUUGCGUGCUGAUCGUGCUCGCACUGGUGGAGACAAGAAACUCACUGCGGGUACACGUUUCAACUUGAAGCAAGGACAGAGCGCAACGUCCUCAACUGCCUCUUCCAAACCCUUCACACGCCUUCCUGCAUUAACAGACAAUGGGCGACAGCUUCUAAGGGAUAACGAUGGGUGCUUCAAAUGCCAAGAACCAUUCGCAGGUCAUACGUCAAGCAAUUGCCCCAAAGGCUUCCCUGACGGUAGCGCCUACAAAACGUUGACGGCGGCUACAAUCAGUGCACGGAAGUCCAAGAAAUCCAAUGGAGUCAUCGCUUCAAUAGAUGUUGAUGGAGAGAACACGGUCGCGGUCGUGAUGCCGUCCGCAGUAUUGGGAGACAGUACAGACUCUGAGGAGUGCGUUGCUCCCUUGCAGACUCCUCACCUUCGUUGGGAUUGUCUUGUGACUGGACCUGCUGUUUCUUCUCCUAUGCGUAUUUCUGCACUUAUUGACCACGGUUCCUCCUUAGUUCUGAUUGACGAGGCCCUCACACGCAAGCUCGGGUUACACGUGCGACAACUACCCAAGCCUGUCCCGAUAACGCUUGCAGUUUCACAAAAAACAAAAACAAAGCUUGGUCCUGUCGCAAUACAUCAAACUUUCUUGUUCUUCGCCUGA